UAGCGGGGCGGAGCUGUUGCUGCAAUCGACGCUGUAGUUGGAGGUUAUCAGCAGCCAAUGAUCCUAUAGCUAUAGGAUCUUUGGUUUGCAGGCGCUGGGGACGGUAUUUAUCAGAAAUGGCGCUGAUGGGCACGAUGUUGUGUCUUCGCUCGGUUUUCACCAGGAAAGCGGCAGCGGCUUCUGUGCUUCCAGCUGCCAGAGCUUUCUGUGUUGUUAGCAGCUGCAAAUACCGCUCCGUUCACGGGCUCCCGGGCCGCGGGCGGUCGCAGGACACGGGGGGUCGCCGGCUGCUAGGCAGCGGUUUUGCAGCACAGAUUAACCUUCCAUGCCGUCACCAUUUUCGCUAUUUUUGUUCCGAUGGAAAAACCAGGGAAGAACGAUUGAUUUACGCCGGAAACUUAGCUAAGGCAGUAUUUGGUGUGAAGUUCUUCUCUUACUCCACCAGUAUUUUUAGUUGUUGCAUGAUGCCUUAUAUCAUUCUGCAGACUGGUCUUGGAGUUCAGAGCCCUUUAUUACAAGCAGCAUUCUGUGGCAUAAUUGGAUUUUUUACUUUUUUAAGUCCUACAGUAUUGCAUUUCCUCACCAAAGGUUAUGUGAUUCGUCUAUAUCACAGUGCGGAAACUGACAGUUACACAGCCAUCACUUACAACAUCCUUCUACUACAGAAGAAAACUAUUUUCCAUCAGAAGGACGUGAAAGUUCCUGGAGUCAGCAGGAUGUUCACCACGUUCUAUGCAAAUGAGAAGUCAAUGCUAGUAAAUCCAGUACUUUUCUGGCAUCCAAAUGAUUAUAAUCACCUUAUGGGUUACGAUCAACCUUUUUCCUUUAAUUUGGAUGAUAUAAAGGAAAGAGAUUGAGCAAGGAGGCUACAUGUACAGUUUGUUAAAUAUAGUAAAAUUGUUUUUUUUCAAUCAUUUGUAGGUAGCUAAAUGUUCCAUUUAAUUUUAUACACAUUUAAAUGUAAGAAACUUGCUGUAUAUAAUUAAAAGAAAAAUAAUGCA